CCGUCCAGGCUUUGAGAAAGGAGUCGGAGCCCGCGGAGGAAAAAAAAAACCGGCCCCAUCUUUCAGGGUCCAACCUCUGAAAACGUUCACACCUCUGCUUCCCUGCUUCCUUGGACCAGGAGUCACCAAGAUGCCCAUCCUGGAAAAAAUUUCCCAUAAGAUGGCAGCAAAAACUCCCAGCAGUGAGGAGGAGUCUGGGCUGCCCAAACUACCAGUGCCCCCUCUGCAGCAGACCCUGGCCACCUACUUGCAGUGCAUGCGACACUUGGUACCCGAGGAGCAGUUCAGGAAGAGCCAGGCCAUCGUUCAGCAGUUUGGGAGCCCUGGUGGCCUUGGUGAGACCCUGCAGCAGAAGCUCUUAGAGCGACAGGAGAAGACAGCCAACUGGGUAUCUGAAUACUGGCUGAAUGACAUGUAUCUUAAUAACCGCCUGGCCCUGCCUGUCAAUUCCAGCCCAGCUGUGAUCUUUGCUCAGCAGCACUUCCAAGAUACCAACGACCAGCUAAGGUUUGCAGCCAGCCUCAUCUCUGGUGUACUCAGCUACAAGGCACUGCUGGACAGCCACACCAUCCCCACCGACUGUGCCAAGGGCCAGCUGUCAGGGCAACCCCUUUGUAUGAAGCAGUAUUACGGGCUCUUCUCCUCCUACCGGCUCCCUGGCCUCAAGCAGGACACACUGGUGGCCCAGAAGAGCAGCAUCAUGCCCGAGCCUGAGCACAUCAUUGUGGCCUGCUGCAACCAGUUCUUUGUCUUGGAUGUUGUCAUUAAUUUCCGCCGUCUCAGUGAGGGGGAUCUGUUCACUCAGUUGAGAAAGAUAGUCAAAAUGGCUUCCAACGAGGAUGAGCGCUUGCCUCCAAUUGGCCUGCUGACGUCAGACGGGAGGAGCGAGUGGGCCGAGGCCAGGACGGUCCUCGUGAAAGACUCCACCAACCGGGACUCGCUGGACAUGAUCGAGCGCUGCAUCUGCCUGGUGUGCCUGGACGCGCCAGGUGGUAUGGAGCUCAGUGACACCAACAGGGCGCUCCAGCUCCUUCACGGGGGAGGCUGUGGCAAGAAUGGGGCAAACCGCUGGUAUGACAAGUCCUUGCAGUUUGUGGUGGGAUGGGAUGGCACCUGUGGUGUGGUAUGCGAACACUCCCCAUUUGAUGGCAUCGUCCUGGUGCAGUGCACAGAGCAUCUGCUCAAACACAUGAUGCAGAGCAAUAAGAAGCUGGUCCGAGCAGACUCCGUCAGUGAGCUCCCCGCCCCCAGGAGGCUGAGGUGGAAAUGCUCCCCAGAAAUUCAAGGUCACUUAGCUUCCUCAGCAGAAAAACUUCAACGAAUAGUAAAGAAUCUUGACUUCACUGUCUAUAAGUUUGACAGCUAUGGGAAAACAUUCAUUAAGAAGCAGAAAUGCAGCCCUGAUGCCUUCAUCCAGGUGGCCCUCCAGCUGGCUUUCUACAGGCUCCACCAAAAACUGGUGCCCACCUACGAAAGUGCAUCCAUUCGUCGAUUUCAGGAGGGACGGGUGGACAACAUUAGAUCAGCCACUCCACAGGCACUGACUUUUGUGAGGGCCAUGACUGACCACAAGGCAGAUGUGCCAGCUCCUGAAAAGCUUCUGCUCCUGAAGGAUGCUAUCCGCGCCCAGACAGAGUACACAGUCAUGGCCAUAACAGGGAUGGCCAUCGAUAAUCACCUGCUGGCACUGAGAGAGCUGGCCCGGGAAGUGUGCAAGGUGCUGCCUGAGAUGUUCACAGAUGAAACAUACCUGAUGAGCAACCAGUUUGUCCUCUCCACCAGCCAGGUGCCCACAACCAUGGAGAUGUUUUGCUGCUAUGGUCCUGUAGUCCCCAAUGGGUAUGGUGCCUGCUACAAUCCCCAGCCAGAGACCAUCCUCUUCUGCAUCUCCAGCUUUCACAGCUGCAAAGAGACCUCCUCUACCAAGUUUGCGAAAGCUGUGGAAGAAAGCCUCAUUGACAUGAGAGACCUCUGCAGUCUGCCACAGCCUGCCGAGGGCAAGCCACUGGCAAUAAAGGAAAAUGCCAUGAAGCCCAGCCAGGGACUCCAACCUUGACUCCUGCCACUAGGUUUCACCUUCCAAACCCAGCCUCUGCAGCAGCCAGACCCUGC